AUGCGAACACUACCUUCACAACCACCAUUUGCAGCUGCCAUCAUAUUCCCUCCGCCACCACCACUUUCCCUGGCUACCACCACAACCACAGUUCUCCUCCUUCGAUCGUAUGUUCCCUUCAAUCAUCCAUCGUCUGCGGAUCCAUCAAGUCCACAGAAAUACGUUAAAAAAGUCAUCCCCAACCAUCAUCCAGGGUCAAAAGCAGAAAUAAUCCAACCAAAUCAGCUUAAAAAUUUGACGAGCUCCUUUCUCAUGUUCCUUCCUUCUCCCCAAUCGUCAGCAAACAUGUCUCCCCUCUAG